AGAGCCCUUGUGCAAGAACGUCGACUCCGCAGGAGUUAAAAAUCGAAGGCGGUGGUACAACUUCUGGGGACCGAGUAUAUGUUACUCCUCCUGCGACAAUCACUACUCCGUCCCACCAGCAGGAUAAGAGCGAUCACCACGAUCCGGCGAUUUUUUCCGACUGGCAGACUGCGAACUCUAGAGAUGACCAAAGAGAUGGUCAAGAUCAAGUGAAGAUUUCUCCACCACCCGCCAACGUGGACUAUCAAAAUGUCGUAAUUGCAGCUUCCCAGGCCGCCGCCCCCGCGCCCUGUGUCGCAGGAAAAGAAGGAGGUGAAGCUGCAGGAGGACCACAUCAUCAUGACGAUCACCGGUCCAAGCCUCACGGAACUACGGCCACGAGCUUCGCGACGGCAGAGAGUGCUGGCGGUGGACCACGAGCAGGACCACCUCAGACGAACAACCUUCCGGUCGUUGUCGCGAAACCGAUCCGGCCCGCGCAACAACACGUGCUCACCCUGGAAGACCGGAAUCCGCCGACGGCGAGGAUGAAAAAGGAGAAUAUGCUCAUCAUCCGAAAUCUGGGGAAAAACGCUCUUCCGGCAAGCCAGCUACCUUGGGUACGCUUUUAGAAGAUGAUUGUGCUUGUGGUGCUACAACAUAUUCAUGCCAACAAAUUAUGUCCAUUGCUUUUCUCGUCCUGUACUACUAGCAGUUGUAAAAAGGAGUUGAUGGUUCAUCCCUUCUAUUUUUCGCUUGCUGAUGAUGUCCGCAAGAGGCACAACCACACAGUCUCUGUCUCCCAUAAUUUCCGUAUAAAUAAUUGAAAAAAAAAACAGAAACCACGUUCCUCCCCUCGAGAAGCGCCGCGUCCGGAGGCCGACCCGUUCGGAAAGCCAGCAACUAAAGACGCAGCAGCAGCUGCGACGGCUCCACACGACACAAGUAAAAAUAUGAUCGCAGCUGGUGCAGCGCCGGUCGUCGUGUCUAGUACCGGCCCUGCAGCAGCUCAGACCAGCACAGCUACUCCUCUUGUUCCGAUCCACCCGGCGAACGCUUCGCACGGCGUGCAAAUUCUGAGCAGAGCAGACACGAACAGCAGCCGCGCCACUCCAAAUCAUCUCCGCACUAGCAGCUGCAAUUAUGCGACAACCACGACCCUGCUCGGCACCUCGACUAGCAGCGUGCGCCCCAACGCCCCGCCACCGUCUUUGGACACGAGCAGCGGGAAUAAAAAGAAGAAGCGAGAAGAAAAAAUGGACGAUGCGCAAAAGCUGGCGGAGCGGGAGGCCAUGAUGCAGUACUUAAGGGAAAUGAUGGGGGAGGAGGAUAUCAACGACUUGGUACCGUUGAUGGCAGAAGAGCAAAGAACCUGCAACGACACCGACGCGGUCGGCGGUUGUACUGAUACAAAUUCCGAAAGAACCACUACUACGAGAAGACAACUUUCGCCAAAAGACGACCUCCACGACGGCCCUUAUGGACGAGCAGAAUUCAUUUUGCAACCUGGUGAGCAGGUUGGACGUGAUGAACUACAUGAGACUCAACAAACAGGACCAUACUCUUUAUCAAAAGUAAAAAUAUCUGGGUCUGGAAACAUGCGAUGCUAAAAUGUGCAUGAUGAAAACACUUCCGAAUGCAGUCCGGCAUGACAGCUUCUCAAAACGCUUUCUCAUAGGCAAUCUGCAUGAGAAACUGCGUUUUUGCAUGACAAAAGAGGCUGCGACUUUUGUUGGUUAUGCAAUACAGAUUUUCUAGGUAUGGAAAGCUAGCAUUACAAGUUCCAACCUUCCAGACCCAGACAUUUUUACAAUCCAUACUCUUUGUCCUUUCCCAACUUCUAUCACCACGACCCCUUGCAAGGGUUCUUCGACACGGAGCCCGCGCCCGCACACAACCCGGCGCUAUUGGGCGGCGAUCAGCGUAUUGGACUAGUUGAACCGCAGCAGCACGCGGGGCAAGGGCAAGGGCAACAUCAUCAACCACAAUUUUUGCACCAUCAUCCACAAACUCAAGUAGAACAGGAACCAAAUAGUUGUAAAACCCCCCCAGCAGCACGAAGACCGAUCGCACCAUUGAAUCGCAGCCCCUCCAGCUCUAGCGAAGCAAACCGAAGUCAGCGGUCGUCAAUGGCCGGAAUUGUAGCAGGCGGCGCUGGGGGUGGUGCGAGUACGAGUACGUCGACUCCCGAGCAGUAUUACGGAAAAAUACUGGAGGAAGACGACUUGUUCUACUCGGACGGCACGGGCGGGGUUGUAGCAGACGUUUUUGGC